AUGCACUGUAAUAGAUUCUAUUCGUCUCAAUGUACUUCUUCUAUCGAAAAGUCUACAUCCACCGAUCAAAGAUCGCUUCUCAAAGCGUUUGAUAUAGACCUUUCCUUUCAAGCUGGAAGUUCCUCGCUAAAGCCGACAUCUGGAGAACAUUUCGAGGGGAUUUACGGUAAAACUGCCGACAAGCCCAGAACUCAAGCCUGCGCGGAUGUGAAGAUAAAUCUGCCGUUGAUUGUUAAACCUUUGCGACAAUACGCCGCAGAAAUCCCAAACACGAUUUCUACUGAGAAUUCUGACUCCUCGAACAACAAGCAUCCGCACCAUGUAGCUCCGCUAAUUUGCCGCCGACGAACUUUGAAUGGUAUUGACGAUAAUCGUGGUAAAUGGUACUCAAGCUCUGUUGAUGGAGGAGUUUUGGAAUCGUCAACACUACCUAGAAAUUUUCUUCGAAAACCUUCAAUAUUGCAUGUUGCUGCCCCUGUGCAAGCACAAGUGAUAUCAAAUCCACAUGAAGAAGUGCCACUUCUUGUACCGCCACCGAAGCCAGCAAGGUUGUCACACAAUAACUCUUCACUAGCGAAGAAAAGGGACUUUUUGGAGAAGAAAUUUUCGUCCGAUUUAUUCUCCUGUGUGGCUAAGCCUGUACUGGUUCGAGAUUUAGAAAACGAAAGCCUGACGAACGAUUUCGAGCUACCCAUUACUUCAUCCGAUAUGAGGCAUUUUCCAGAGAAAGAAAUUAUCCCAUCUAUGCUGCAAAUAUCCCGAAAAGCUCUUCCAUUCAAUAAAAUGCAUUCGAUGGGUACUAAUCAAGGAGUAACAGUCAGGAAAGCAAGAUCUGGUACCGAAUCGUCUUAUGAAGUCACUCACCAACGCGAAGAUAGUGGCUAUAGAUCGGAUCGUAAGCUUUCUUCAAGUUACGAGGGGGACUUCGCCAGAACUUGCGAGUCCUUUCCGGGGACUUUCCCUAUAAGUUCCGAUGGAUUUUGUAGCGAGAGCGAGCCAGAUAGCGACAUCGGAGAAUUUGAACAAUUUGAGGAUGUGAGAAACAGGUUUGCGAUAUCUCGACUAUGCGUUAUAGGAAGACUAGCCAACCACUAUAUUGAAUCUUGA